UGCAAAAUAUCUGUAUAUAAGCUGCUGAAGAAGAGAGAAGGGAGAGAUUCUGAUUCUGACUUUGUGUGGAUUAUUACGUGUCCUUCCUGGAAUUUCUUUUCAGUUUUCUUUUUAGGUUUCAACUGCAGUGAUCAUCAUCAUCAUCAUCAUCAACAUCACUUCUCUAAUCACUCUCUCCAUCAGCAGUCAUGUCCUCUUCUUCUUUCCUGAUGGUUUUGCUGGUUCUCGCCUGCUUUCAGUCCUUCACGAUGGCUCAGAGUGUGGGUGGAGCAGAUUUGUGCUGUUUUGAGUUCCAUAAAAGACCAAUUCCUGCAGCGGACGUCGUCUCUGUGGAAGAAACAAGAUUCGACUGCACACUUCCUGGAGUCAUUCUUACAACAAAAAAGGGAUUCCGGAAGUGUGCAGAUCCUGAGGUGGACUGGGUGAAGCAGAUCAUCAAUCAGACUGAAAUAAAUGAGAAGAUAAUAAAAAGUUCUGUAACAGAUGCGAGUGGAGCAGAUUUGUGCUGUUUUGAGUUUCAUAAAAGACCAAUUCCUGCAGCGAACAUCAUCUCUGUGGAGGAAACCAGAUUCGACUGCACACUUCCUGGAGUCAUUUUUACACCAAAAAAGGGAUUCCGGAUGUGUGUAGAUCCUGAGGUGGAUUGGGUGAAGACGAUCAUCGAAAUCAAAAGUAAACCAUUAGAAUAGACUCCAUGAAUUAGCUUUUAUUUUAUCAUAAAUGCUUCAUUUGUAUCACAUUACUCAAAGUAAAUUGAUGUUUUAUUAAAAAUACACCUGUAACUGCAGGCACUGAUUUAUUUCCAUCUUCUUUACAAAUUAAAGCACAUUUAUAACUCAUGACCUCUUGGUUUGU